AUGCCCGGGAAGGGACGCACAUCAGCGUCGGUAAAUCCUUACUGGCACAGGGGAGGUGAGCUGAGACCAUGCGCCUUCAUCGUCUGCUUCCCCGCUGGUGCCACCCGGGGAAGGGGGGACCCUCACGCACUGCAGAACAAGCUGGACCCUUCCCUCGCCCAAAGGAAUGCGCUUUCAGCCAGCCAGCCAGCGCUCUUUUCACUGAUGGAGAUGAAACCUCCUAUUUCCCGGGCAAAAAUGAUUCUCAUCACAAAAGCUGCCAUUAAAGCUAUUAAGCUCUACAAGCAUGUUGUCCAGAUUGUAGAGAAGUUUAUCAAAAAGUGCAAACCGGAAUAUAAAGUCCCUGGAUUGUACGUUAUUGACUCUAUUGUUCGUCAGUCUCGUCACCAGUUUGGAACGGACAAAGAUGUUUUUGGGCCAAGAUUCUCUAAAAAUAUUACUGCCACAUUCCAGUAUUUGUAUCUCUGUCCAUCUGAAGACAAGAGUAAAAUAGUCCGAGUCCUGAACCUUUGGCAGAAAAAUGGAGUAUUUAAAAUUGAAAUAAUUCAGCCUCUUCUGGAUAUGGCAGCAGGAACUAGUGCCACUGCACCAAUGACAGAAAAUGCUACUAAUAAUGAAGGUUCACCGCCACCUCCAGCAAAGGUUGCUUCGGAGCCCCCUCAAGUUACUGCUAACUCAGUACCUACUGUGCCACAGUUGCCCAGUUCUGAUGCCUUUGCAGCUGUAGCUCAGUUGUUUCAAACAACGCAAGGACAACAGCUUCAGCAAAUCCUGCAGACUUUCCAGCAGCCUCAAAAACCCCAGUCACCAGUCAUAGAUAACACUGUGAUGGCUCAGGUUCAAGCUAUUACUGCUCAGUUGAAAACUACAGCAGCACAACCACCAGAGCAAAAAGCUGCUUUCCCACCGCCUGAGCAAAAAACGUCAUUUGACAAAAAGCUGCUAGAUCGGUUUGACUAUGAUGAUGAACCAGAAGCAGUGGAAGAGGCAAAGAAAGAAGAUUCAGCUCCUUCUGCUUCGGUUUCUCAGCCAACUUUGACCCCUCUCUCAUUCAGUGCACAGGCUGGAUGGUGCUCAAUACCUGGUGGGUUUCCAGGAGAAGGUAUACAACAGCCAGUAUUUCCUCAGCUCCCAAAUAUGGAUCCUUUUCAGCAGCGAAUGAUGGGAAUGCAACAGGAUCCAAUGCGUCACCAGGUUCCGCUUCCUCCUAAUGGGCAAAUGCCAGGUUUUGGUCUCCUGCCUACCCCGCAGUAUCCACCCAUGGCUCAGCCUGUGAUUCCACCAACAGCACCUGUGCAGCAAACUUUUCAGUCACCUUUUCCAGUACAGAGUGAAUCACACAUGCAAAAACCACAUCAGCAGGAUAUGGAAGUGGAACAGCCACCUAUUCAAGAGGGAAAACGUCAUGUUUCUGACAACAGAAAGUCAAGAUCUAGAUCUGCAUCAAGGUCACCUAAAAGGAGACGUUCAAGAUCUGGCUCCCGAUCUCGAAGGUCACGUCAUCGUCGGUCUCGAUCUCGGUCCAGGGAUAGACGCCGACACUCUCCUAAGUCUCGCUCACAAGAAAGACGUGAACGUGAGAGGGAGAGAGAACGCAGGUCGAAAGGCCUUCCUCAGAUCAAGUCAGAAACUGUUAGUGUUUGUAGUACUACACUUUGGGUAGGACAACUUGACAAAAGGACAACUCAACAGGAUGUUGGAAGUCUUUUGGAGGAGUUUGGCCCAAUUGAAUCAAUAAAUAUGAUACCGCCUAGAGGAUGUGCCUAUAUUGUAAUGGUUCACAGACAAGAUGCUUACCGUGCCCUACAAAAACUGAGCCGAGGAAACUUCAAAGUCAAUCAGAAAUCUAUAAAGAUUGCAUGGGCUUUGAAUAAAGGAAUAAAGCCAGAUUACAAGCAGUAUUGGGAUGUAGAAUUAGGUGUCACUUACAUACCAUGGGACAAAGUGAAACCUGAAGAUCUUGAGAGUUUCUGUGAAGGAGGAAUGUUGGACAAUGAAACUCUUAGUCCAGAAUGGAAGGGGAUUCCCAAGAAGUCUGAAAAUGAAGUAGCUCAAAAUGGAGGUGCAGAAGCUACACAUAAUGAACCAGUGUCACCUAUACCUAAAGCUUUACCUGUUCCAAUUCCUGUUCCCAUGCCUGCACCAAUAACAGUACCUCCUCCACAGGUUCCACCACAUCCAUCAGGUCCUCCUGUGGUUGGUGCACUCCAGCCACCUGCUUUCACAGCACCUUUAGGAAUCCCACCUCCUGGAUUUGCUCCUGGAGUGCCACCGCCACCACCACCUCCAUUUUUACGACCUGGUUUCAACCCAAUGCAUUUACCCCCAGGCUUUCUUCCUCCUGGACCGCCACCACCGAUAACUCCUCCAGUAUCUGUUCCUCACACUCCGGCAGUAAACAUCCCAAAUUCUACAGCAACUGGUGUAAAUGAGGACACUACAAAAGAUUCAUCUGUAGGAAAUCCCAUCCCAACAGUGGUUUCUGGAUCCAGAGGCAAUGCUGAAACUACCGAUAGUUCUAAAAUAUAUGCGACUGUUCCACCUCCUGUAGCGCCUACUAAUGUACCUGCUCCUGUCACCCAAGCUAUUCCACUUCUUGGUCACUUUGUGAGACCUGGGGGGAUGCCGGGGAGCGGGGCGCCAGGCGGGCCCGAGGAUAACAACAGGGACGGGAGGCAGUUCAGGAACGACCGGCAGACGUUCACGCCUAACAGAGACCAGGAGAGGUUUGGCCGGCGAUCUUUUGGAAAUCGGGUAGAGAACGAUCGUGAGCGCUACGGCAACCGUAACGAUGACCGAGACCACGAGCGCCUUGGUAAUCGUGACAGGCGAGACUGGGGAAGACGAAGCCCCGAGCGCGACAGACACAGGGACUUGGAGGACAGAACCAGGCGGUCCAGUGGCCAUCGAGACAGAGAUUCGCGAGACAGGGAGUCUCGCAGAGACAAGGAGGAGAAUCGAGGGAAGGAGAAGCUGGAGAUGGCAGACGGCGACAAAAACCACGAGUCUCAUAGCGGCAAAAUGGAAGACGCAGACAUUGUUUCCGAACUUGCUGCGGGAGAGGCUGAACCCGGGGGCGCCCAGCCUUGCGGAGAGCUGGCGCCCGAGGCUACCUCAUCUGCGGAGCAGGCGGACAAGGAUCUGGGCUCAGCGGCGGAGGCUCCUCGCUAGAGACUGGCAGUUGUCGAAAGACGACAGUGACAUUUGUCGGAGCGUAGAGCUUUAGAGUUGUACAGUCUGCUGUAUCAUACGCGCUUCUGCUUAUACCGCAGCCCCUCGGUAGUUGGUGGGGAAUUGUAAGCAAUUUGAUUGCUUCCCUUCUAUUUAAAAUAGCCACAACAUAACAUGAGAUGCUGAAGAUAUGAUUAAAAUAUUACCCAUUUUUGCUGUAACUUUUUUAAAGUUUUGACUUUAAAAAGUUUACAAAUCAGAAGUAGAAGUGCUUUCUAUUUUUUUUUUUUAAUUUAAGAAAAGGUAACGGUGAAAGCGCCUCAAAACAAUAGGGAUGUGUUUUUAAUAAACUCUAUUUUCGUAACAAA